ACUGAACAACAGAUGUUUAUUGGAUUUGCAAAUUUGCAUCAUGUCGGGUGACGAUGGCAACAAGCAGGCAAACGGCCGAUGGAGAAUCUUGGCAGGUGCAUGUGUGGUUUCCACAUCGAUUGGGCUCUAUGUGAGGUUUCAUCACCUGCUGACGAUCGCUAGCUUGAAAAGGAACCAUGACUACAUCACUGACAUGGUGGAUCAGCAUCCAGUUUUGGCCCCUCUUUCCUAUAUUGGGGUGCUUGUCGCAGUGAUUGGCAUCACUUGUCCAGGAGCAACGAUGCUCAGUUUCCUUGGCGGUGUUCUCUUCAAGCAGCCGUAUGCAAGUAUCUACGCUUACUGUGGUUACAUUGUUGGGGCAACUAUCUCAUAUUUUGUCACAACUUUUGUGCUGGGCGACUACAUGCCUGACUCUAACUUUCAACCUUUUGUGUGGCAAAUCGACUAGCAAAGUACUCCCGUUUGGUAGUGAUCCGCUUUUCUUCAGGCGCAAGCGACUAGCUGCAAACUCACAGCUCUAUCAGAAGUUCGAGGCCAACGUGCGCUCGCAGCUUAAACUUAGGGUUUAUGGCCAAUGAAGUUUGGAGGCCAUCGCUAUUGGGUUGGAGGCCAUCGCUACUGGGUUGGAGGCCAUUGCUAUUGGGUUGGAAGCCAUUGCUAUUGGGUUGGAGGCCAGGGGUUGCAGAUGCCAAUGGCAAUGAACUGCUUCGCCUGACGGCGAGAAUUCUCCUUGUAUAGUCGGCAGGAAGCCCUAUACGACCGGGAAUUGGUGCUGAAAUAGGGAAUUGGUGCUGAAAUACAAUGUCAAGAAUCCAACGGUGGGUUGGAGGCCAUUGCUAUUAGAACAAAGACAUGAGAAAGAUCUAAUAUAGUUUGCUCCGGCCAAAUGCUGUGAUGCCAAAUCCUCAGAGCAGCUUAGCUUCCAAGUCUUGUUCCGAGGUCGAAACGCGUUUGCGUAUCUCGUGGCUGCUCGGUACACCAUGGUCUUUCCCUUCUUUUUCGUGAAUGGUGCUGCAGCACUGGUUGGAGUGCGAUGCAGGA